AUAAAAGCGUGUUUAUGGUUGUGCAAGGAUGGGAAGUCCUUCAGUUUCAUUUCAUUAAACCAUUUCAGAUGAAAAACCUCAUUCACACGCGAACAGCCUGCAACAAACUGUAACAACAGCUGUCACUUACUGAUCAUACAGUCAAUGUCACCUUAGUUUGUGACCUUUUUGUCUGUGUGCUUCAUCACCAUGCUCACCAUGCUCACAAUGGUAAUGCUAACAUGCUGAUGCCUAGCAGAUGUUCACCUUGUUCCUCAUCUUGUUUUAGAGUGUCAGCAUGCAACAUUUGCAAGUUAGCACUAAACACAAAGUACAGCUGAGGCUGAUGGGAAUGUCGUUUGCAAAUGUUGGACAAACUGAUGAUGGUGCUAGAUGACGAGUCAGGGGAUCAGAGGUGUUACUCUUCAUCAUCAUCUGGUCAUUGCAAAUAACAGUGCCCAAUCUCACGGGUUUCCGUCCAGGAGUUGUCCAGAUAUUUAAGUCAACACCAACCUAUAAACUUUACACCCAUACUUGUUUGAUGGGAAAUUCUAGAUGAAGAAAGAAAAUUGUGAUUACUUCCCCGUCCUCAGAGCAGCAGUGUCCAAUCUUUUUUUAAAGAGGGCCAGAUUUGACAAUGUGAAGAUGCCUGGGAGCCAAUACUAACAUUUAAAAAUGAAAAAAUUACCAAUCCCAUGAAAUCCGACGUGAUUGGCUCCUGGGCCGUACUUUGGACAUCCCUGCCUAAGAGAAACAAGGUGACCUUGCACCAUAAUAAUGUUCAGUAAAACCUCUUUCUACGACUCUGUUUCUUUCACUUUGCAGACUGCUGCACACUCUCUAUGACUGCUGACCGUCUUUGCAAAGAACAAACUAUUCAAAGACGGUCUCACACCAGUUAAUAAGAAUUUCCAGCACACCGGCAAGAAAGCAAAGUUACUUAGUCAAUAAAGGAAGAGUAAGAUGUGUUACUGUUUCAGUAUCAGUAGCACCUGAGCCACUCCAGCUGGGGCAUGGCCAACCAGGGGGAAAAUUAUGGAGGAACAAAGUUGAAUUAUGUAGGUAAAAUAAACAAAAUAAAGACUUUUCUGAUGCUAAUGUGGGAACUUCUUUCAGCCUCUGAAGGAAAACGUUUGAGAAGCACUGAAUUAAAGCAUAAAAUGAUGUGCAGAAAGAGGAUAUGGUUGGCUUUACUUCAUAAAAAGAUUCUCAUUGUAUGCUAUGCCACACAAACCUGACGUAAAUCACAUAAUUACAUCUAUUAGUAUCUUCAACGCAAUACAGUGAGCUCAUUUUGUCCAAUAACACAAACAUAUAUGUCUUCUCCCGGGCCCAUCGUGGCACCACGUCUCAGAGAUCAGCGCACACUCUAUGUGGGGAGAUUCCUAAUGGCACCAUGAUGGGAGUCAUGCGGAUCUAAUCUUUGCAAGAGGAGGCUGGGAAAAGAAAAAAAAACCUCUCAUCUGUCCUUUAAGAAUAUCUCUGUUGGUUGGUGGAAGGAGCUGUGUUUGUCGAUGACAACCCUUAGCCCCGAGAGGAGGUUACGCAUCAGAUCACCCCACGACGGGAUAGAAAUCUGACCCGAGCAAAGCCUUUAACAUCACAGCCAUGGAGCCAUUUGUUGCAGUUUAACCUCCGACUUUGACAAUGUAAGGCGGAUUAAGUCAUGCCAUCUUUUCUAUGGGGCAAUGAAGCAGUCCAGGGUCUCACUAUCACGAGCUCCCCAAAAACAUCUGCGCCCUUUGUAAUGAUGAGCGUGACAGCGUGGUUUAUUAUGCUCCUGCUCUGCCCAGCACAACUGAGGGCUCAGCUCGGAACCACCCCGAACAUUAAACACAUCGUGGUUGGAAGGUGUUAUAAUUACAUCACGCUGGUUAACCCCAACUUGAGGUAUGACUGUGAGAACAUCUGGAGACAGUUUGAGGAAGCGGUUGUCUGUCAGUCCUCUUGUAAUGUGACUGUGGAGGAUUAUCAUCAGAUGUUUUAUGCCAUGCCACAAACCUGGCCCUGUAAUACGUUCCUUUUCUGGAGCAAAACCAGGACACUGAUGCACAGCUACGCAGCUGCUGUACGUCACUUCUGGACACUGGAGGACACACUUGUCGGCUACAUGUUCAACGACCUCAUCUGGUGUGGACAAGAGGGAGACUCUGGUUUUGAUUUCAGUUCUUGUCCGGAGUGGUCGGCAUGUAGAAAUCAUCCAGUGUAUUCCUUGUGGAGGCAAGCUUCACAAAACUUUGCAGAAAUGGCAUGCGGCAACGUCACUGUGUUACUGAACGGCUCGAUCGCCAACGCCUUCAAUAGGAAAAGCAUGUUUGGAAGUGUUGAACUGGACGGCCUAAACCCACACAGGGUGGAUUAUGUCAACAUAAAAGUGGUGACUAAUCUGGAAGGACCUUUUAUAGAAUCAUGUAAUCAAGGAUCCAUUGUUGACCUGAUCCAAAUCCUCCAGUCCAGAGGUUUCCGCUGGACUUGCACAGACAACGACCAGACCCUGAUGAUCCUUCAGUGUAUCCAGAACCCCGAACAGUCCGCCUGCCAAACAUGUGCAAGCAGCCUGUUACACAGAAGGAGCCUCACAUAUAACUGAGUCGCCCACAGAUUCAGCAUGUUUGACAUUGUUAUUUGUAAUCUUGUGCUUGUUCACGGUGCAUUAAAUUAAACUGGCUGCUCAACAGA